AUGAAGAUGAAAAGCAGGUUUACCGGAGGUGUGGACGAUAUGUACAAUGUCCACGGUCACGCUGGCAAUCUCUGUCGGGAGGCAAUAUUAGAAGGUUUAGUGGAACCAGUAACCAUAGCAGAUUUCGGGACUGCAGAUGGACGAGCUGCACUUUCUAUCAUCAAUGAAAUGAUAGGUAAUACACAGAAUCCCGGACUAACUCUCACUGGUAACGUCUACCCAGUAAUGAUACCGAGGACUAUGUAUGAACAGUGUCUCCCUGAUAACACCAUCGAUUUGGCAAUAUCAGCUGCAGCUACACAUUACUUAUCUAAACAGGUAUGUCAAAUUAAAAACGGCGUAUUCAUUGACGAGGCGGAUGACGAACAACAAGAAUUAAUGAGGGAACAGGGAAAAACUGACUGGAGGGAUUUUGUGAUUUCAAGAGGAAGAGAACUGAAACCGGGGGGGUUUCUUAUUGUAUUGAACGCAUCGUCAAACGAUAGUGAAGAAAUGUCGUCGACGAAUAAGAAGGGAAAACUCCUAUUAGGAGGUAUCGUGUCAGAUAUGGCCAGAGAAGGAAUAAUAACACAGGAGGAAUAUCUGGCAACAAAUUUCCAUGUCCACUAUCUGAGAAAGGCAGUGGAUUUUAAGGAGCCUUUUACCGGUACUUUACCGGAAAUAGGAGAACUCGGAUUGGAACUUGUAUCAAUGAAAUCAAUUAAAUACUACACACCUAACCCGACAGUGGACAUUGUCGACAAAGAUAUGGUAGACAAGCUGAAGUACUCCCAAUGGAUAGUUGCUAUGGUGUAUCCAUGGUUUUAUCACGUGAUUCACGGGGGAUUGUCGGAUUCUCGAACUAAGGACGAGAAAGAGACGAUAAUAGCCCAAUACUUUAGCAGAUUACAGAAGUUUGCCUUCGAUAAUUCCGACUUCAAACCAUACCUAAUAUUCACAGAAAUUGUAAUCAAGAAGAACAUGAAAUAA